GUUUGACUUGACAGAUGGCAGGCGGGAGACGCUCCUCACGGCUGUCUCUCUCGGUCCGUUGGUCCAUCCCGGUUCCCAUUGUCUCCCCCUCCCCAGUUCUUCAAGACAAAUCCUGAGACAAGAAACUGAACCCGGACGUCAUUUGGCUCGAAUCCGCUUUUGCGCGUCACGUCUGGAGACUUACUUUCGACCUGGAAUUUAACAACGCGAAAUUCUGCGCGUAAUUCGGACACCAGUGUGUUUUUUUUCUUGUUGUUGCUUUUGUGUUUAUUAUUGUGGAAGUGUUUUUUUAUUUUUAUCAGAAAGAAGAAGGCUGGGGAUAAUCGGAUGACGGUUCUCACCAAGAGAGAGAGAGAGAGAGAGAGAGAGAGAGAGAGAAAGCUGGUUGUGGACCUGAAGGGGAGAUGAUCCUAAGGAAGGGGACUCAUUAGACAGAGGAGCCACAGAAAUCAUCUUCCAGGAGGCUGACAUAUAUCAGGAGACCCUAUCAACGCUUCCACGCUAUACUGUCUGUCUGGAUAAAGUCAGGACAUUUAGUGGGAAAACUCGUGUGGAAAGAAGACAGCAGUGUUUAGGAGAGGAUGUUGCCGCUACGUGCCCGUCCCCUGAGAUAAGAAGAGGAGAGGAGCCCGUCUGUGCGUUGGGGAGGAUUUAAAAAAAAAAAGAAAAAAAAGACAGAUGCAUGCCUGAACCACUUUCACUUGUUUCCUCCACCUGGAAACAUAUUACCCUUACCAAAGCAGGCAAUCGGGGCUUUUAAUCGGAUUAUUGAGCGAAAGAUCUGAGAGAUCAGUGGGAAUAUAUCCAGCCAGUUCCACCAUCUGUCUGGUGCUGUCCAGGAUUGUGCCAAUUCAGCAGGGAUAACGAUGAGAUGAGCCCUGAACGGAUUACCGGUCCAACUAGGUGAAGUCUGGAGGAGCCGAAUGGACACAGCUGGAACAUUUUCUCGUCAAUGCAGUGGAGUUUUCAUUUAGUUUACAAUAGGAGAAGACCUGUUUGAUUUUUCUCUCCACCUCCCCUGCUAAAGAUGCUCAUUGCCUGCCUCUUAUUCAAGAUAAAUAUUAACUUGUUGUCUUGAAUUGUGCUAAACUGUCCUGAAGGGCCUCUUUCCACACUUGAUCCCUGACCUGUGUGUUUUUUUUUAUUUUAUUUUUUAAAGGAGACCACUUAUCAGGUUUUCAUCUGGAUGAAGUAGUCAGCCCUGAUUGCUGUGAGCACCAGGGAGCACAGGGGCUGCGCUUUUCUCUCCGAGGCCCCCAGGCAGUGCCUCCACCCGGGGCUGCCAGUCAGCCAGACAGCCCCUCGCUGGAGGGGCGGGUGGAGGUGAAGGAGAGACUUUGGGAAUUAUCUAGAGUUUCUGGACCUCUGCAUAGAAGAAGGAGGAGGAGGGGAUCAUGGGGUGUUGCAGCGGCAGGUGCACCUUGGCCUUCAUCUGUGGCAUGCAGCUGGUCAGCGUGUUGGAGCGCCAGGUGAUCGAUUUCCUGGGCUACCAAUGGGCUCCCAUCCUGACCAACUUCCUACACAUCAUCGUCGUAAUCCUGGGCCUGUUCGGCACCAUUCAGUUCAGGCCCAAAUAUGUCACCGGAUAUGCAGCCUGGCUCGUCAUCUGGAUGACCUGGAAUGUUUUCAUCAUUUGUUUUUACCUGGAGGUUGGAGAUCUGUCCAGAGAGUCUGACCUUGUCCUGACGUUCAACCUGUCCAUGCAUCGUUCCUGGUGGAUGGAGAACGGCCCCGGGUGCAGGGUGACACCGAUCACCCCUCCUCCCUCCUGGGCACCGGAGGACCACCGAUAUAUAUCUAUAUCUGACUGUCUUAUGAACUUUGAGUUCAUAGAAGUGGCUCAUUCCUCACUGCAGAUACUCCUGGCUUUGGCGGGGUUUAUCUACGCCUGUUAUGUGGUCAAGCUUAUUUCUGAAGAAGAAGAUAGUUUUGAUUUUAUAGGAGGAUUCGACUCCUAUGGUUACCAGGGACCCCAGAAGACCUCCCACCUCCAGCUACAGCCUAUGUACAUGUCAAAAUAAACCCAGACGCCACUCCAGAGGAGCUGCCUUACCAACUAUCCCUGCUUAGAGCCCUGUGUUUACCACUCCAACUCUCUUCUAACAAACAGAGACAGACGUACAGGCAGAGGAUAGAUCACAGUCUCCAUUUCUUACUCCAAAUACCCUGAAAAGCUCAAUCAGAUGGGAUCCUCUGGCUCCAGUUGUCUACUGAUGGAGUCCCUGAUGAAAUACUGGCAUCAUGUGGCUAAAAGUGGUAACUGCAACACUUGUGAGCCACACUUACUUCAUAUUUUUGGAGCCCUGUCAGGAGCCUGUUAUUAUUUGCCUCUGUUCUUUUUUUUUUUUUUGUUUAUUUUGUUUCUUUGUUUCUUUUUUUUUUCUUUCUUUGCAAAUGAAUAUCAGUGUUGUAAGGGGGUGAAAUAAGGUUGGCUUUUCCUCAGGCCUUCUGGAAGAAUCUAAAAUCCUGCUGACAAAUCUCAGAACUGAGCCCAGUACCUUCAAGAUACAGAAAAUGUUCUGGCUCAAUACUCCUUGAGUUGUUUCACGCAGAUACGCCUGACCAAAGACUUAAAAAAAAAAAAAAAAACACUUCUAAAAUCUAACCGAGCUUUUUCUGCUCUUGGUGCCUGACAGUUUACUUACCGGACUUCCUACCAGGAACCUGCAAAGGCGACUACCGAUGGAGGAAUGUCAGACAUCGCUUUUCUAAAACCCUACCUUUCCUGCUGCAUUCGGACUGCAAAAAGUCGUCAUUGACUGCAAAAAGUGAAACCGCGAAGGAAGCCCAGACUCGCUUUUUACCUGUGUUUUAUGAAUGUUAACUAACGGUGUGACGUGACGACUUACGGGCUCGCAGCUCACACAUGCAUGUGGACAAGAUGAGCACGCAUGCACACUUACACAGGUCCUUCUUACUAAUGUGAAUCUUAACAAUGUUUACAAAAGUCAUGCUGUCUACUCGACAGAGAGUGUGGACAGAAAUGGUCAGAGGUGACCCAGUUCCUCACCUUUAAGCUGCAGCGUUUCGAGACGACCCAGGCUCGUCUUGCCGCCCUGUCUAAAUAUUUUGUCUUCCACUCAAGACAGACGCAAAGAGGUCGACAGAAAGAGCAACGCUCCUCCUACCCCUCCUGUCUACAGACCCUUGAAAACGUAAUAAUUUGAGUUUUUUUCACGUUAAAAGCAUAAACUUCAACAUGUUUUGAUGUGAUAGACAAAGACAAAGUAGAACAUUGGUGGUAAAAUGAAGGAAAAAAAAAGGCAUGUUUUUCAAAAUAUUUUACAUAGAAAAAUCUCAAUCGUUUUGUAUGCUUUUGUAUACAACGCCUUUUUAUUCAAUACCCCCAAAUAAUAAGUAUAACAGGGAGUCUCUUAAGAGUUUCCCUACCCUCUCCUCCCCAGAUACGUCGUAUAACAGGGGCGGCAAACAGGGAGUCUCUCUAAUACCGUUUCAAUGAGAAUACCAAAGUCUGGUGGGGCUCAGAAAGUGUUUGGAAACCAAUGGGGGGAACCAGGAGAAAAUGUCUGGGAACCACUGCGUUAGCCGAAGCUAAUAUGGAAUAGCAUAUUCAUGUAGUGGUCCAGUGAAAGUCCAGAUGUAAAUCCAAUUGAAAAAUCUUUGACCAUCUCCAUCCAGUCUGACUGAGCUGGAGCUUCUUAGCAAAUACACGUGAAAAUACAAAUCCAUAGCACACCCUCAUGACUUUUUUUCUUUAAAACUUUGAAAACGGCAUGUCUUUUUCCUUCAGUGUUACAGCUGUGCUCUGUGUUGGUCUAUCACAUAAAAUCACAACAUAAUAUAUUGAAAUUUGUAACUGAAAAAUGUUCACUUUUUCACCAUAUUAUCAGGUGAAAAUUAGCUUCUUUUUUUUUUUUUUUGCAAGUUUUAUCAACUGGCAAACAUGAAUUGUUCAAAUCAGCUGAAAUUAACACUUGCACACAUCCCCAACAGAAAAGACAAUCGCAGCCAUUUGAGUCUCGACGUGAACUGAAGCUUUAGGAACACAUGGACAACAUCAAAAAAUCAAACAGUUUGGUUUGUUUUAUGUUGAUUUAUUUCAAAUGCCUGAUUUGACAACCGAUGAAAUCAUGACAAGCGGAGGCUGAACGCUGAACGAAUCCCGCCUACUAUAUUUAGCCUCUUUUAAACAGGCAGGAGGCUUAGCAAGCCCCUUCUGUCACCUCGCACCUCAACAUUUUUUUUUCAAGAUGAAUGUGCCAACUCAAUCCCGCUCAUGAGCCACAGACUGGGACCAAAAAAACAGGUUGAGGCUUACUUACUUUUUUUGAUUUCCUCUUACGAAAAAGUGAAGAUGUUGUGAGAGAAGAAAACCCAGACAUACAACAGUUGUUUUUUUUUUCUUCUCUUCUACCUUUGUUGGGAAACACAACUAAAGUCUUACACGUUUUUGAUUAACUGGACCAAAAGUUUGAGGCCUUUUGCUGAAGACGCCCUCCUCUCAACGUACAGAAGGACUGCUACCCUGGUUUAAUCUGCAGUUCUCUUCAGCAGUUUACCUGUUUUGUAACAAAACUUUGUGGUUUACGUUCAGAGUCGCUCCGCCUGCCUGGAGGACAGAGACGCCGGGUUUUUUUUUUUUUUUUGUGUUUGCAUGAGGUGUUUCCAAACUGUUGCAUAUUUAAUCUCAUGCCUCGUGUGAUUCACUGGCUUCAUAAAAACAAGUAAAAAACAAACAAAAAAAUAAUAAUAGGGGGAGCUAUUUGGAUUGCUGGGUGCUCCUCAGCUUUCUUCGAAGGGUCCUCAAUGUGAACUUUGUGUGUUUUUUUUUUUGUUGUUUUUUUUGUUUGCUGUUUUCUAUAAAUAAGAGUUUGCAGAGUUUAGGAGAACGUAGGCAACCACAAUGUACAAUGAUGAAAUGUAACUUUGAUCUUCUAGACGUUUUUUUAAUUAACAUGUGGCUGUGUGUACUGUUUUUUCUAGUUGGCUAUUACUGUAUGAUGUUGUGUAUAAGUGGGGAAAAAAAACUAGGUUUUAUUUCUUCUAACUGUACAGAGUAUAUGAAAUGAGAGAGUUUGAGAAAAAUAGACUGAAAAAAACUUAGCUGGACUAAAGUCUAAUGUCAGGGGUGGAAAUUAAUUUCUAGUACAUUGCUAAGGCUGCAAAAUUAGUUGUCACUUAAAUGUUCUCAAGAUAUUUCUUUUAACUAAAACUGACUUGUGGUGAAAUGUUUUUGCUCCAAGAUUCAAAUUGGAUAAGUAUUAUUUGGACCAAAAAAAAAAGCAAUUAAUUUAUUUGCCUCUGAAGAAGGUACUUAAUUUAAACUCAGCUGACACUGUAACAAGCAACAAUCUCCGCAUUUUAACAGGAAACAACCCUUCAACAAGUCAGAAAGGUGCAUAAAAAGGUGUGAGUGUUUGUGUGAGUGUGAGUGUGUGCGUGUGUGUGUGUUUGCUCUUUGUUUUCAGAGUUAUGGUGAACUGUACAACCCUUAACCCAGACCCAGUAAAACCCAUCUGGACCAGACCACAGCGAAGCAGCAAUUUAAACUGAAGGCAGAGCUCCCUGCAGGCCACUGACCAGUAGCUGGACGAAUAAUUGAAGACUUUGUGUAGAUCUGAAUCUUCACUACCAUAAAAAGACUAACAGUACCUUUUAAAUUUAUUGACCCAUAAAAGAUGUGUAAAAAGCCAUGAAGCAACUAGAUAUCUUUUAUUGCAGUAAAUAAAUUCCCAUUUUGACUAGAGUACAUUUAUUCAGAGGGAAAAAAUGUCCCUCUUAAGAGAUACGCUUUUUUUGUUUGGUUUUUUUUUUUAACAAAAUCAUUGUCACCACUGUUAGUGGCAUCCAUAAAGGUAAGCAAAAGAUGCGGAAAAAACUCCUUUCUGUUGUUUUCAGUUUAUCAAAUAAAGCUAUUAUCCAAUAAAAAUAGCACAAAAAAAAAACAGUUUUUAAAGGAUGAUAUUGUGGAUUAAAGGAAAAAGCUUAAUAAACCAACCUGGUACUAUGUGAAAUAGUAAUACUGCCUACUUACUGUAAUCCUAACUGACCACUUUGUUUUAUUACGUCUGGUGAACUUUCACUUACUCGAUUACUGAAUGAGCUGUAGAAUCAGGACAUUAAGUAGAACUUAUCUGAUAAUGUGAAGCAGGCAAAAAAAGCCUCAUUGGUGACCAAACUUUGACUUAAAGAAAUCCAAGACAGGUGAGAAACAGUCAUUUACAUCUACCAGUCUGCAAAAGUUUGCAAAGUCCCACUAAAAAUACCUUGAUAGCAAAGCAACGACUCAUCCAAAAUGUCACAACAACAACAAAAAAAAAAACCCAGAGUAAAAUUUAAAGAACUUUAAGACUUACUUGUCUCAACAAUAAGACAAAGACACUGGGCAAAAAUUUUAUCCAUGGGAGAGUUUCAAGGUAACUGCUGGCCAAAAAAAGCACUAAGACCUUACAUUAGUCAUAGAACAUCUUAAUGAUCCCCAAGACUUUGGGAUAAAUAUUCUUUAGACUGAAGAGGCUAAAAUACUUUCUUUUUUAACAUGUGCUUCCUUCUGGUGUAAAACUAUCAAAGCAUUUCAAGAAAAAAAAUAUUUCAAAGAAUAGUCAGACAAACUGACGCGAUUUAAAUAAGGCAGAUGUUUGGUUUUAAGUCAAAAAGGCUACUAAUUUGCACAUAUCUACAAUAAUAAAAAAAAUAAUAGGGGGCAUGUUUAAAACAACAGAAAUAUAGACCUGGUAGGCCAAGCCCACGUUCAUGUUGCUGCAAUAAAAACUGAGGGUGGCAAAAAAACAAAAUUUCCAUUCCUCACUAUGGGGACAUCCAGGAUUUAUUUUUUCCAAUAUGAAUUUAUUUACCAGUGGUGCCCAUAAAUUAGGAGGGUGCUGCAAAGCCUUAUCAAUAAACAUUUAUUCAAGCUAUUGCGAAGUUCUGAUGGAAAUCCCAUUUAUUUCCACAAACCUUCUCAAGAGUGCAGCUCAAAUAUUUGCUUUAGCUUUACUGAUUUAGUGAAUAUUUUGGUUCUGGGUUGAUUUGUUACAGUUUGCCACAGACUAUAACCAUGUGUGUUAUUAGCUCCUGUUUUUAUGCUGGUUUUCCCACAGGUGACUGUACAUAAACUAGACAGCUGGGAUUAAAGUAGAGUGUGGAGAAUGAA